GAAAGAAAAAUUAGUAUUCUCCUACCAGCCUCGCUAUAAAUCAAUCAUGGAGUCCUACGUGGUGAGCUGUAAAUAUGCUGAGCCGCAGUUCCCGCCUUGUGAAGAAGAUUACAGUAAUUUUAGUGACCAAGGGGGGUAUUAUAACAACCCCCAGGACAGUGGUAGUUAUGGAGGGGGCUAUCCCGUGCAGCCCCCUCCGCCUCCAUACACACCACAACAAACCGGCUAUCAACACUCUUUGCAGGCGCACCACCGGGAGGAUGGAGAGGACCACUCGCAGCACCAAGGUGUGCCCUUCCCCGGCUACAGAGAGACAGACGCGCCCGGUAAGGAGAGGUUCCCCGUGGGUGACCUGCAGUGCCAGGCCUGGAUGACCUGUGCAAAACCCGCUCAGGUGCAGAGGAAAACGGCCUGCCAGGGAAAAGACAAGCCGCCUAUUGUUGUCUACCCGUGGAUGAAGAAAGUGCACAUCGCUCAUGUUAACCCGAACCACGUGGGUCCGGAGCCCAAGCGGCUGAGGACGGCCUACACGCGCCAGCAGGUUCUGGAGCUCGAGAAGGAGUUCCACUUCAGCCGGUACCUCACGCGCCGCCGGCGGGUCGAGGUGGCCCACGCGCUUUGCCUGUCCGAGCGGCAGGUGAAGGUGUGGUUCCAGAACCGGCGCAUGCGCUGGAAGAAAGACAACAAGCUGCCCAACACCAAAGGAAGGAGCAAAAACAAGAAAGCAACGGACAACAACAACAACAACAGCAGCAGCAGCAGCAGCAGUAGCGACAGCAGCGUGAAGGCAGCGAUAACUGUGUGAACACAGAGCGGCGGAGCGGAGGCUGGCCGGCAGAGGCAGCCAUGUUAGCACCUUCACUCUCCAAAACUCAUGUUGCUAAAUGGAUCCAGGGUGACUGCAGUCCGGAAACAAUUCAAACUGUGUCAUAGCCUACCCAUCUGUAGGCCUAAAUGAGGCUUUAUAAACUCGUUAAUGCAUUUCCCCCCUCAACGUUUACUUUGAAGUGUUUUUAAACCAUUCUGUUUUGUAGAGGUUGCAUCCAUUUUUAGUCUGAUAUCUAAUUAAUAAUGAAUGUCUUCGAGUCUUAUAUUUAGGUAAACGUCAAGGUUGUAGAUGGUCUGACAUCUCUCUGGUGAAAUUAGGGAAUUGUUUCAUAUUUAGACAUCCGAUGUUAAAGGCGCAAAUGCAUGGUGCCUGUUGGUUGCAGUUUUGCCAAACUCUCCCCAUAUGGUGAACGAGGAGAGAUUGGGUCUUUUUUUUUGGAGAAAACAGGGUUUUAUUUCUACAGGGUAAACAUAAUACAGGGUUUUUAUAAUAGCUACCUAAAAGAUGAAAUAGCCUAACUUAUGAAUAUGCACAUUACCAAAAUGUUGUUUCCACAACCUGGCGCUUAAAUGGGUUAAACAGAAGAGCAGGAGCGCCAAAUGCUCGGCGGCUGACUUGCAGGAUAGUUGGACAAAUAAUGUUUUAGCUUUUAUUUUGUACAUAAAGGAACAUCCAAAAACAAUGCAUAUUUAGUAGGAUAAGUAGCCAUAUUGUGCAGACAUUUUUUUUAUCUCCAAAAGGUGAAUGAACUUUUCAAUAAGUUGGGGGAGAAGUCAUACAUUUGUACGCACGGGGAGUAAAUUAAAAGCAGCCAAAUUGGAGGUACAUGUUUUUGAUGCACGACGCUGACUGUAAAUCCAACGUAUUUUCUCAGGGGUACAGGGUUUAAAGAACAGAACUUUCUGAAACGUUUGUUGUUUGAUUCAGCACAGAGAGGGUGAAAAAGGGUUAUCCUCUCUGAAACAGCAUAAUGUUGCAUUUUCAAAGAAUAUGUUCACUCUUCGAUUCCAGUUUAAUAUGCUAUUGACUAUGUAGCCUACGCCAGUACUUAUUUUUAUUUACGUUAUUUAGAAGCAUAUUUUAUUCUUUGUAGCAAGCAUC